AUGACGCAGAGCAAUUAUAUCGUUGUUAAGAAGUACGGCAGACCAGGACAAUUCAAGAACGAGUCAAAGCGAGGCAAGGAGUUGGGAGCCGUGGAAAAAUACAGGCUCCGACGGAAAUACCCACCACCGCGAAGCAUUUGGGACGGACAAGAAACUAUCUACUCAUUCAAAGAAAAUAGUAGAAAGUAUCUGAAACAGUUUUAUAAGCAAAAUCAGUACCCCACACUUGACCAGAAGAAGGAAAUCUCUCGAGCCACUGAUCUGGAGAUUGUACAGAUCUCAAACUGGUUCAAAAAUCGCCGCCAGCGUGACAAAACGAGGAUGGAAUGUGCACAAUACGGUCGACCGCAAAUGGUUCAAUUGCAGACACUCGCUUACAGUAAUCUCCCUCUGAAUAUGAACAUCAGCAUGCCAUACUCAUGCAAAAUGGAAUGA